GCAGCUGGCACGCCUCUAAUUCCACACGGUGAUCUCAUAAGGUAUGGUCUUCUGCAGCAAAAACCCGUGCCAAAUGAAACAUUCGCCCAGCAUGGACGGGUGCUAAGCGCUGCAUAACCUACCGAGGGCGCUGUUGAUACUUUUUUAUAUUCACCUGCUCUGCCCACACCCGCCUCCCUCUCCUCCAUUUCCCUCGCGCCCGUCCUAUGUCGAUUCUGGACUCGCCACCACUUCCUCUCGUUUCAGGGUCGCAGCAUGGUUUCCUGGUAUCACAUCGCCGUCUUUGCAUGGUUGUUUCGAUAUUUUCGCUUGAUUGUUAAUUGCAUCUCCCACUGGACCUUCAGGCCGAUACCCAUACCGGAGUAUCCCACCUACACCUCACAGGAUGUCACCAUAAUUCUGCCCACCAUCGCCACUGGCGGCGAUGAGCUCCGAGACACGAUAUCCACUUGUCUUCGUUCCGAGCCUUACGAGUUGCUGCUCGUCACCAUCGAUGCGAACCGGGACGCUCUGGUGAAGCUCGCUAACCAGAUCAACGCCAAGAAGAUUCGCGUGUUGAGCAUUCGAGAGGCCAACAAGCGCAGGCAAAUGUGCAGAGCCAUCCCGGAGGUCGUCACGAAAAUUACCAUCUUCGUCGACGACGAUGUGGUCUGGCCGGCAAAAGUAUUGCCAUGGAUGUUGGCACCAUUCGAAGAUGCCAAAGUGGGCGGCGUGGGCACUUCACAGAGGCUGAAAAGGCCGGCGCAGCAGAGCGCUUGGGGUUUCCUCGGCGCCACCUAUCUCGAGCGACGGAACUUCGACUGUUCCGCCUGCCUCCACAUCGAUGGCGGAUUGCCGUGUCUCUCAGGACGAACAGUCGCCUACCGAACCGAAAUUUUGCAGGAUGAGGCCUUCACGCACGGAUUCACUCACGAGGAGUGGAGGACGAUGCAGCUGAAUGCCGACGACGACAAUUUCAUCACGCGAUGGCUGUAUUCUCAUGGGUGGAAGAUCAAAAUGCAGUAUCACAAGGAAUGCGAAGUGCAGACGACUUUGGAAGAGGGACCGAAAUAUCUCAGGCAAUGUCUGCGUUGGGUGCGCAGUAAUUGGCGCAGCAACCUGACCAGCUUGUUUGUGGAACGGCACUACUGGAUAUCGCAACCGUGGAGCACGUAUUCCGUGCUGCAAACCACAAUCACCGCCUGGGCACUGCCCUAUGAUAUUUUGAUAUUCACAUCUUGGUAUCAAGCAUCAAAAGGGUGGUCAUAUGACGAGCGCUGGUAUUUAUUCACGUUCCUCGUAGUAUGGACAUAUGGCUUCAGCAAGACUGUCAAGCUUUGGGGCCACUUCUUCCGCUACCCAGCGGACGUUGUAUACAUUCCUCUGUACAUCGCUUUUGGCUAUUACCAUGGCGGCAUCAAGCUCUAUGGAAUGUUAACGCUCGAUGCGACUACAUGGGGAAGCAGGGACGGAGCCGAUACCGACAACCGCGUGCGUAUGAUCAGACUACCACCGUAUGGGUCGACGUCACUCGAUGCACCUGAUGGUCGCAAGUCGGAAUCGUUCGACUACCCGCCGCCACAAGCACCCCGAGCGAUGCUCGAGGUCGACCAACUCCCAGCGUACGACACACACCAAAAACACCAUCCCAUACCACUGGACAAGCUUCGUCCAGUGCCGCUGACGACAACGAACGUUACCUAUCACGACUAAUGACCCUUCACAUUUGCUGCACGAUACCCCGGCAUCAUUCAGUUCUUUGCAUCAGCACCGCACAUAGAGGUAGACCGAGACGUGCGACAUCCGCCGCUCGCUACCAGGAGGAGAGGCAUCGAAUGCCACAAAGACGGGAACGCUGUGCCUGGCCAGGAGAAAAGUUCAUGGUCCUUUUCAGCGAACAUGGUUGGAAGCCACUGCAUGGCACCAGUUGCGAAAAAAGUUUUAGCACGCAAAGUCGGCGUAGAGGGUUUUGAAAGAUUCGUCACGGCAAGAUUGCGAACGCCGUCACGUCUUGGAAUGAUGAUUGAACGGACGACAUUGGGCGGCUUGGAGCUUUUUUGAUUGACACAGCUUCAUCUGAGCGUUUAAGCGUUUGUACAGAAUAGUACACAGCCGUCGAGAGACGGCUUUUGCUGGCAAUUGAUCGAGUUGGCAUACGUGCUGCUCGCAUUUCACCUCACAGCACCACCCUUUUUUUUCCCGUCUCGCCAGCACUUUUUCUUCCCCUGCCCGUUGCGCUGUUCGCGUACCUGCAGUGAACCAUGUACCGAGCGACAGUAGGCCAUGGUGUGUUUCAGCAGCGCGAGACGGGUGGCAUUGAGAGCGCAAUGCCACUCCACUCGUGCUGAGACAAGGCCAGAUGGCGAGACUUCGUCGCGACACAUAGUGCUGCGGCGCAAUGGCGUGGGUGCGUGCUGCAUCGCUCACGGCUAUCGAGCAGUAUCGCCGCUAUCGCGAUGGUGUCACGCUCGUGCUGACCAGGCAGGUGCGAUGUGUGAUGAGCGUGAACGGGCCGUUGCUGCAGCCACCACAGCUUUCGCGAGCAAAAAGACAGACGCCUCCCAGCCACCUCAACACCCUCCUAGGGCCAUGUGCACGAGCGCGGAGAGUCGGCCGACGAUCAGCAGACAGCGACAGUCCUUCGCAACAUGUGUCACAGACACGAGCCAGCGUGGAGCGGCCACGCACUGCCGUUGACAACCGCGCCAGUCGCC